AUGUUCAACCGCAGCAACCUCCCCAAGCAGCUUCAAUCCAACAAGGCGUCAUCCAGCACGCGAUGCCAGAAAUGUCUCAAGUACGGUCACCACACGUACGAGUGCUCCAACGCGCGUCCCUAUGUCCCUCGUCCUAGUCGCACAAAGGAGCUCAGCCAGGGACUCGGUUCGUCUGCCCGUGACAAGCCCUCCGUCGAGGUUCCGGAAGAGUUCAAGUCGGGCGUUGGUCUCGCGGACAAGAUCUUGCGCGCCAAGGCGGCCGAGCGUGAGAGCAGCCGCGGAUCGAAGAAGGACCGCGAGAGGUCGCGUAGCCCCCAGAGGAAGAGGCGAUCAUCGUCGUCGUCGAGCGACAGCGACAGCGAGUCCGAUGUCGAGACCCGUCGUCGGCGCAAGAGGCACUAUUCCACAGAGAGUGACUCUGAUUCGGAAUCUGACCGCGGACGUACGGACGUUAAGACGGGCGACGACAGGCGCUCACCACCUGCCUCGCUUUCGCCCGACCACCCACACUCUCCCGUCCGCCAGCGCCUGAGGAGGGACUCGACUGGCAGCGCGUCGCCCGGCCCCAGACGCUCUGACAGCCCCAACAAAUAA